UAUAACUAAUAAAUCUGAAAAUAUACAAUUAGAUUUUAAUAAUAAAUUUGAAUUUAAUGAACUUGAAUUAUUAUUAUCUAAUAAUGAAUCUGAACCUAAAGUAUUAUCAUCUGAUAUUGAAUUAAAUUCAGAAUUGGAAGAAAUACUUAAAACUAAUAAUGAACCUGAAUUAUUAUCUGAUGCCGAAUCAAAUUCAGAAUUAGAAGAAAUACUUGAAAAUGAUAAUGAUUUUAUAGAAUAUUUUUCAGAUAAUUCUAAAACAGAAACAGAAGCAUUAAAUAAUUUGGUGAAGAAGGCUCUUAAAUUGCUUGAGCUUAAAGCACAAAAAGGAACCUUAACAAAUUAA